UAUCACCUGUCUGCUCUUAGAAUUCAAAGAGCAUAUAAAGUUCACAUGUCUAUGAAGAAUGCUAACAAACGGGUUAAUUCAGCCAUUUGUAUUCAGAGAUGGUUUCGAGCAAAAUUAGAACGAAAGAGAUUUAUUGAGAAAUAUUAUAGCAUCAUAAAAAUUGAGCAUGAAGUUCAAGAAUGUAUGAACCAGAAAAGUAGGGCUGCAUCAGUAAUACAGAAAGCAGUACGUCACUUUCUCCUUCGCAAAAGACAGGAAAAAUUUAAUAGUAGAAUCACUAAACUUCAGGCAUUAUGGAGAGGCUACUCUUGGAGGAAGAAACAUGAUUGUACAAAAAUUAAAGCUAUACGGUUAAGUCUUCAGAUGGUUAAUAGGGAGAUUAGAGAAGAAGAUAAACUCUACAAAAGAACCACACUUGCACUUCAUUAUCUUUUAACGUAUAAGCACCUUUCUGCCAUUCUUGAGGCCCUAAAACACCUCGAGGUUGUUACCAGAUUAUCUCCACGUUGUUGUGAGAACAUGGCUCAGAGUGGAGCAAUUUCUAAAAUAUUUGUUUUAAUCCGAAGUUGUAAUCGUAGUGUUCCUUGUAUGGAGGUCAUCAGAUAUGCUGUACAAGUUUUGCUUAAUGUAGCUAAGUAUGAGAAAACUACUUCAGCAGUUUAUGAUGUAGAAAACUGUAUACACACAUUGUUGGAGCUUUUGCAGAUGUACCGAGAAAAGCCUGGUGACAAAGUUGCAGACAAGGGUGGAAGCAUUUUCACAAAAACUUGUUGUUUGUUGGCUGUUUUGUUGAAGACAACAAACAGAGCCUCUGAUGUACGAAGUAGUCCCAAAGUUGUUGACCGCAUUUAUAGCAUCUACAAACUUACAGCUCGUAAACAUAAAAUAAAUGCUGAAAGAAUACUUAAUAAUCAAAAGAAGAAUUCUUCCAUAGGCAUUCCCUUUAUUCCAGAAACACCAAUAAGGACCAGAAUAGUUUCAAGACUUAAACCGGAUUGGGUUUUAAGAAGAGAUAGUAUAGAAGAGAUCACCAAUUCUCUGCAAGCUAUUCAAAUGGUGAUGGAUACACUUGGCAUUCCUUAUCAGUAAAUAUAAACAUUUUCAGUGUGUACAGUAUAAAGAAAUAUUAAAGCUAAUCAUGAAUAUGUAAA